CGGCAGCGCGCUCUGGCCCCGCCCGCUACCGGGGCGGCGCGGCGGAAAGGGAAGUGGGGGGGCGGCGGCGGUGGGGAAGAUGGCGUACCAGAGCCUGCGGCUGGAGUACCUGCAGAUCCCGCCGGUCAGCCGCGCCUACACCACCGCCUGCGUGCUCACCACCGCCGCCGUGCAGCUGGAGCUGAUCACACCGUUUCAGCUGUACUUCAACCCCGAGUUGAUCUUCAAACACUUUCAGAUAUGGAGGUUAAUCACCAAUUUCUUAUUUUUCGGUCCAGUGGGAUUCAAUUUUUUAUUUAACAUGAUUUUUCUAUACCGCUACUGUCGAAUGCUAGAAGAAGGCUCAUUCCGAGGUCGGACGGCAGACUUUGUAUUUAUGUUCCUUUUUGGUGGAUUCUUAAUGACUCUGUUCGGUCUGUUCGUGAGCUUGGUUUUCCUGGGCCAGGCCUUCACGAUCAUGCUCGUCUACGUGUGGAGCCGGAGGAACCCGUACGUCCGCAUGAACUUCUUCGGCCUUCUCAACUUCCAGGCCCCCUUUCUGCCCUGGGUGCUCAUGGGCUUUUCCUUGCUGCUGGGGAACUCGAUCAUUGUGGACCUCUUGGGCAUUGCGGUCGGACACAUAUAUUUUUUCUUGGAAGACGUAUUUCCCAAUCAGCCUGGUGGAAUCAGAAUUCUGAAAACACCGUCUAUUUUGAAGGCCGUUUUCGAUACGCCAGAGGACGACCCAGAUUACAACCCAUUGCCCGAGGAGCGGCCGGGAGGCUUCGCCUGGGGCGAGGGCCAGCGCCUCGGCGGUUAAAGCGGCAGGUGCCAGCCACCAGCCCCAGCUGGCAAGGACUCAAUGACCCGCCCGUUGGGAUUCUUCUCUCCUUCGUGUUGCGAAAGUGUGGACACUUUGGACGGCCUGGCAGGUUCUGACUCCAGAAGCACUUUACGGAAUGGUACACUAAUGGAUCCAGAAUGUGCUCGGCACGGCCGGCCGGCGGCCCCUCACCGCUCCGGCCCUGGAAGAGUGAUCUCUCGGGGCCAGUUCGCCGGAGAAACAAAUACCCCACAACCUCUGGCCCCAUGCCCCUGAGCGCUCAAGUCCUGGGGUGUCAGG